UUGUUGAGCACCAGCAUCGGGGCAAAUCCGCUGCCAAACGCCCGGCGUCGGCAGCUUUCGCUUGACUUUCCUGUUGCAUGGCCAUGGACCAAGCAGCUCUUCGGGCGGCAUUGGGACAGGCCACGAGCACGGCCCCAGCGCCGAAGGCGCAGGCCAGGCCGAGGCCGGCUGCUGCCGGGAACGACACUGAGGUGCUCAACACCCUGAUCCGCGACCACCUGUACCUGCGACAGGACUUUCGGCCAGUUGCGGAUUCGGUCCAGAUUGCAGUGCUGUUCAAAAGUGACACAGAGGUCGAGAGUUUCCACGGCCUAGCACAGAAAUGGGCUGCCAAGAUUCCUGAGGGAUCAAAGAAGGGAAAGGGCAAGAACGCUCGUAAGAAACGGAAGGCCGACGAAGGUGAAGAGGCCAUGAAGACCGAUGACGGUACAGAGGCCUCCUCGAACAAACACCCGUUCGGCCCCAAGAAAGUAUUCAUGCCAUUCGCUCUUUUCAGCAGGCUCAUGGAGAUUGCUACGAAUGCCAAGGAGACGAUUCAGGCGAGCACGGACCUCAAGAGGGAGGGCGGCAAGGCGCUGGAGACCCUCUCGAAGCUGGGUGGGGAAGAGCUUGACAACUUCUUCACGGGCUUCGUGGCGAAAACUCCCAAUCCAGCGUCGGGCCGCACAUGGCUUUGGACCUUAAUCAGUUGCUUAUGCCACAGUCCAUCAAAGAGGCACUCGCGUACGCCAUUCGGCUUACAGCUGACCCGGCCUUUGAGGUGAAGCUGGAGGUCAAACGCUCUUUCCAGGGCAAGCCGGAGGCGGACCUCUGGGACAGCUUCCGGGGGCGCCAGCGUGCUUCUUGAGUGCAGGUGGAGCCGGUCGGCCGCGGUGGGGUGAGCUCAGCUCCGGUUUUCGGGCUUGGGGAGCUCCCACCGGCCUCCCCGCUUUCUACUUUGGGGAGGCCGGCACACGUUCGGCUCGGACACAGGCCCGGCGACGCCGACGACCACACCAAGUGCACGGACUUGCUGAUUUCUCAACGUUUUGGAUUCGUAGCACAUGUGUUUUUCUGGUCUUACUGGCGCCGUUGGGUCAGAACUGGCCCUUUUUCCUUGACACGGUGAAGGUGUAUUUCUCCGAGCUGAACGAUUGCUUCUUCACCAUGCUGUUCUUGCAAGAGUUUUUAGCUCAGUCCAAGGUGGACGAGCAGGACAUGAGCCUUGUGUUCACGUUUUUGGUUCUCUAUGCCCUGCUUGUGUGGCUCCCUCC